UUUCGCGCGUGAUUCCCAUUAGCUCACAGCCGACCAAUGAGCGCCGAUGAAAUUUUAAUUGCGCCAGUGAACGGCAGAGUGAGCACGUGUUCCCUCAGAUAGAGAAAGAAGAGCUCUUUUUUAUUCUUUUUGAUCUGCUGCCGCAACGAUGGUGGAAGCCAAAGUAUCUGUCCCCGCCAAAAAGACCGGCGUAAAGAAAGACAAGACCAAGAAAGAUCCCAAGGAUGCGUCUAAAAAUGUGAUGAGAGAAGUCAGAAUCCGCAAGCUCUGCCUGAACAUCUGUGUCGGUGAAUCUGGAGACAGACUGACCCGUGCUGCCAAGGUGUUGGAGCAGUUGACCGGCCAACAGCCCGUUUUCUCCAAGGCCAGGUACACUGUACGUUCCUUCGGUAUCCGAAGAAACGAAAAGAUCGCUGUGCACUGCACUGUUCGUGGUGCCAAAGCUGAGGAGAUCCUCGAGCGUGGUUUAAAGGUACGUGAGUACGAGUUGAGAAAGGAGAACUUCUCAGGAACCGGUAACUUUGGUUUCGGUAUCCAGGAACACAUCGAUCUUGGAAUCAAGUACGAUCCCAGUAUCGGAAUUUACGGUCUUGACUUCUACGUUGUCCUCGGUCGUCCCGGAUUCAACGUAGCUCACAGAAGGAGAAAGACCGGAAAAGUUGGAUUCCAACAUCGUUUGACAAAAGAAGACGCGAUGAAGUGGUUCCAGCAGAAAUACGAUGGUAUAAUUAUAGCCAGCAAAAAGUAAUUUACGGUCUGUGUGACUUUGAUAAAUAAAAAAUAAUUUACAACAAUAAAUAAAACAAAAAAAGAAUAUAAAAAAAAA